CUUCACAUGACCAUAGAGAGCCAAAGUCCGUGACCGAACAAACUUGAUUCCUCUUAGCCAGAGUCCACAAAUGUGUGCCACUUCUCUGUAAAGCACAAAGAAAACAGGACAGUCCCAGUUUACUAAACAGAACAAUGGAGCCCCAAGAAAACUGGAAUACAUCUGAGAAAUCAAAGUUGUUGCAGCCUGGGCCACCACCAUACCAGGACCAUUCUGGACACCCUCCUCCAGGGAGCUUCCCGAGCACCUCUGGGUAUCAAGCCCAGCAAUAUGGAGCUUCAGGACCAUACGGCCAAGGACCAUAUCCAGGUCAUCCUGCUGUUACCGUGCAGCCGGCAGUUUAUUUGACCAACAUUCCACUGGCCUAUCCACUGCCAGAUUACCUGUGCUACUCCAUCUUUACCAUGCUGUGCUGCUGUUUACCUCUGGGAAUUGUUGCUCUAAUUUACUCUAUCAAUACUCGGAAUGCCAACAUGUCCGGACAACAACAAAUAGCAGAGAACAACUCCAAAAUGGCGCUCACUGUGAACCAUAUUGCUCUUGGUAUUGGCCUUGCCCUCUUUGUGGUGUAUAUCGCCUGCGUCAUUGUGGUGUCUGUAAAUAGUCAGCAAGAAAUAACACCUCCAUAAUUGUCAUAGAUAUCAUAGUUGGACAACAGGAAUGAGGGCUUUCCAAAAAUAGCAUUAUAUAAUGCCACAAGUAUAAUUUUAUAACCACAUUGUGAUGUUUUUUAGAUUACAAACAUACUAUUGUGCAUUUUCGUAUGAUUGACUGUUUGAUCUGUCUGGCUAAUCUCUAAUGUAAAAUUAUUAAUGUAACUAAAACAUGCUUUAAAGUUGAUUAUCUUAUGUUUCAAAACAAUGUAAACUGUGACUGUCAAAGUAGAUAUUGAUAUUUGUUUUUUCCUCCUGUCUUUAGAUUAUAUUUAAUUAUAACUUUCAAUGACCAAAAACAAGUGCUCUUUUUCUUUUUUAUAACCAUUGAUGUUGUCAUCUAAAUACUCUCUAUUCAGAUACCCGAAUAAAUCAGUCUUAUGAGCCGGUUCUUAGAAAAUCAAAAACACAUACCGAAUUAAUCUAACUGACAUACUUAACCACAAUACCUUAGUUAUGUCCUAUUUGAAAUGAACUGAGGACUGUUAUUUAGCUAUUUGGAAUCCUAAAAAGAUGCAACUCACGGUUUUAGAAGUUCAAAGUCACUUAUAAUACACACACAUGGCCACGUUGAGCCCUUUAAAAGCCCACCGGCAACUAUAGUUGCCGCAGAGUAUAGUUGUCAUUUUCCUUUUGUAAGAAUUUUUCUAGAUGUUAUCCAUGUUUUAUGUUUCAAUGACAUGCAAGAAAACAACCAAAUAAAGGAUUUCAAGAAAAAAAAAGGGUAUUCACUUCCUUCCUGUCAAGGCUGUCAACUUCCUACACCUACUAAGCAUAGCGAAGGCAAACCCUCCCAAAGAAAAGUAAUUUUCAUGUUACUAAUAAGUAUUUUUUUGUUGACAUAUAUAUCUACACAAUCAUGAAGGUCUCUAGAAUCAUCCAAACAAAACAAAUCUUACAAGAGUUUUAUAGUUUUUUGUGUACAAGCGGCAACUAUAGUUACCGGUGGGCAAAUGACUUGUAAGUACAUAUAUCAUGGGGAAAUGGGGUAUACUGUGUUAAUAAGUUAAUAAAUCAAGGUUAUUGGUGUUUAGUGCUUUUUGCUUUCAUAAAAUCCCACCUAAAACAUAACUUAUCCCUUUAACUGACAGCUCUACUGUAUAGUAGACUGUAAUUUGAUAGUGAUGGACGCACUUCCUUUGCAUGUGAGAAAUGCGAUGUGGCCUUGCAUGUUGAGUGCUUGCAAACCACUAAAACUCUACCCAAGAGAGAUAGAAAAUGGGAGCGGGGAGGACACAUAUGACAUGAACUUCCCAUUAUGAAUGUCUUUUGAAAGAAAUUGUCUGUAUGCACUGUUAUUUUUGUCAUUUGUCAAAUAUUGAAAAAAAUGCCUUUAUAAUUGUGCAAAUGAAGUCCUUAACAAUGCA